AUGAUUCUGGCACCACUCGGGACACCAGCUCCACCCAGGAACAUGUUCUGGACCGUGAAUGAAGGGAACCGAUCCACAACAGGACAACAAACUAUUACACAUUUACUAACUUACCCCUGUGAGCAAUUAGAGGGGCAAUUUCACCUAACGAGUCUGUAUAAGGAAGGUGACGUUAUAAUCGGGGGUCUCUUCCCCGUUCACUUCGAUGCCCCUGAACCCGAUCACACGUUCACGCAGAAGGUUCAGUCCGGCCGCUGUGGAAGCGCUGACUUGCGGUCGUACGGCUGGAUGCAGACUAUGAUCUUCACGGUGGAGGAGAUAAACCAGGACUCGGGUCUGUUACCCAACUUCACACUGGGUUACCUGGCUGCUGAUACCUGCCUGACCGAGGGCAGCACGCUUGGUGCCACGCUGGCCAUGGUGACAGGUCAGGAUGAGACGGUAUCUGCAGAACGGUGCACCACGGCACCGAACGUGCCCGUAAUUAUCGGUGACGCCCGUUCUUCUGCUUCCAUCGUGGUGGCUGACACGCUGGGUGUUUUUGAGAUCCCCAUGAUCAGCUACUUUGCAUCCUGCGCGUGCCUCAGUGACCGCACCAAGUACCCGACCUUCCUGCGCACCGUCCCCAGCGACGCCUUCCAGGCUAAAGCCAUGGCCCGUCUACUGAAACUCAUGGGCUGGAGCUGGGUGGGGGUCAUAUCCGGAGACGACGCCUACGGGAGGAGUGGCGUGCAGCUCCUGAUACAGGAACUGCAGGGCUCGGGAGUGUGCAUCGACUACUUGGAGAUCAUCCCCAAGUCCUUCGCACCGAGCAGGAUGAGAAGAAUUGUGGAGAGGAUCCAGAGCUCGAAGGCUCAGGUGGUGGCGACCUUCGCCAUCAGCCCUGAUAUGGAGGUCCUGCUGAAGGAGGUGGUGAGGAUGGACGUUUGUGAUAGGCAGUGGAUCGCGACCGAAGCCUGGAGCACCUCCAGCCAGCAUGCCGCUCUGAGCCCGGCGUGCCUGGCAGGGACUAUCGGCUUUGCUCUGAGGAGGGUUGAUAUCCCAAAUCUGGGCUCCUAUCUGACGCACGUAGAUUUGAACCAGUACCCAGAGGAGGAGCUGGUACAGGAUGUUUGGGAGGAGCUGUUUGGGUGCAGGAUUGGGCAGGACAAUGGAUCAGGACCCGCAAACCUACAGUGUACAGACCUGGAGAAAAUAAAGGAGCAAGGUGAAGCUUACUUUGAUAUUAACUAUAAUGUGUAUAAGGCGGUUUAUGCUAUUGCAAACGCUAUUCAGGACAUACUAGCAUGCCAACCUGGGAACGGACCGUUCGGGAACGGAGAGUGUCCUGAUAUUAACCCGAUAAAACCUAAACAGCUUCUGCACUACCUGAAAGCUGUACACUUCACAACACCGGUGGGUGAGGAGGUGAAUUUCGAUAAGAACGGGGAUCCGUCGGCCUCGUACGACAUCAUAAACUGGCACGUGGGAGCCGGAGGCCGGAUGGAGUUCUUACAGGUCGGACAGUUUGAUUCCGUGAAGGGACCAGAGCAGGAAUUUCAGCUGGAUCUGCCCAAGGUCUCGUGGGGAGGAAGCUUCGGUAACGAGGUGCCCGUGUCCGUAUGCAGUGAGAGCUGCCCGCCGGGCACCAGGAAGGCCGUGCAGAAAGGAAAACCCAUCUGCUGUUACGACUGUAUACCCUGCGCAUCAGGAGAGAUCAGCAACACCACAGACUCUAUAAAGUGCACCAGGUGCCCGGAUCGUUUCUGGUCCGGUGCUGAUCGGACAGAAUGUAUCCCGGUGAUUUUGGAGUUCCUGUCCUUCCAGGAUAACAUGGGCGUGGUCCUCUCCGUGCUGUCCGUCUCUGGAGCCGCUCUGACCGUCAGCGUCCUGCUCGCCUUCUUCCUCCACCGGGACACGCCGCUGGUCCGGGCCAACAACUCCGAGCUGAGCUUCCUCCUGCUCGUCUCACUCUCUCUCUGCUUCCUGUGCGCCCUGGCGUUCAUCGGGCGCCCGGCCUCGUGGUCCUGCAUGCUGCGCCACACUUUGUUCGGGGUGAGUUUCGUGGUGUGCCUGGCCUGUGUGCUCAGUAAGACCGUGGUUGUCCUGGUGGCCUUCAGAGCGACUCUGCCCGGCUCCAGCGUGAUGCGCUACUUCGGUCCGGUCCAGCAGAGGUCGGGCAUCUUCCUGUGUACGCUGGUACAGGUGGGCAUCUGCGUGCUGUGGCUGGUCCUGGCGCCUCCGACGCCCACCGAGAGCGCGGGGGGUGAGCUCGGGGCCCGGGUGGUCCUGCUCUGUGGCGUGGGCUCCAUGGUUUGUUUCUCUCUGGUCCUGGGCUACAUCGGCCUGCUGGCGGCCAUCUGCUUCCUGCUGGCUUUCUUCGCCCGGAAGCUUCCGGACAAUUUCAACGAGGCCAAAUUCAUCACCUUCAGCAUGUUGAUCUUCUGCGCCGUGUGGAUCGCCUUCGUCCCGGCGUACGUCAGCUCUCCGGGGAAGUACACCGUAGCCGUGGAGGUCUUCGCCAUCCUGGCGUCCAGUUACGGACUCCUGCUGUGUAUAUUCGGCCCCAAGUGCUACAUCAUUCUACUCAGACCAGAGAAGAACACCAAAAAGAACAUGAUGGCUAAAUAACGUGGGAUUAAUAACAGACGUGGUGGAUUUUAUAGAAAGACUUAUUUAUUUAAAGUUUAUUUAAUUCAUGUUGUUUUAUACAGUGAAAGUUUAUUUGCAUAAUUAUU